AUGCAACCAGUGCCGUGGCGAGAGAAAAAAGCAGGAGGGAUCUAUACAUUGCGAUAUUGGUCGAUUUUGAAGGAUAAUAUUCUCAAGAUAAUACAAUCCGAUGAUCGGAGUGUACACUGUAAAAAAAAAAAUAAUGAUGAUGGUAAUGAUAUUGUUUUUGAUAAUUUUGACGUUCAGUUCGAUGAUGAUGGGGUUCCAAAUGGAAAUGGUAACGUUCAUGAUGAUGAUCAAGAUGCUGCUGCAGUUUAUCGAGAUAAUGAUGUUGGCAUUGAUAUUGCUUUUGAUAAUUUUGACGUUCAGUUCGAUGAUAGUUUUAAUACAAGCCAUAAUGUAUUUAACAAUGUUCACGAUGAAAAUCCUCUUGUUGCUGCUGGCACCGCUGCUGUUGUUGCUAAUUAUAAUAAUGGUAAGAGCGUUAAAACGCGUGGUUAUUGUUUCAACAGCGGUGACAAGACACCAUCAUCAAAAACAGCUACGACUAGAAGUCGUCCAUAUUCUCAAUACGACAUUCUUCAAGAUUUGGACGAUUCAGCUAACAACUAUUCAACUCUCCGAUUUGUUUCAAAAAUAGAAGAAUAUUAUAAUCGUUGA